UGAAGCAAUAUGAGGCGCACACUUCACGUUGAACAAGCCGUCGACUUGUUAUUCCAAAUGAGCGAUGAAGAAACUUUGGAAAGUUCGUCGUCAGACAAUGAGAGUGGCCAGGAUGACUUCGAGGACCCUGAUUUUGUUGCUGAAAACGUGAGUGACGACGACGACGACGAGCAGCCUGGGCCAUCAACAGCCCCCACCCCCACAACAAGCCGACGGAGGCCAUCACAGAGGGGGCGUGGAAGGAAGGAUCAGGCCAAGACCAGGUCAAGAUCUCCAGCCCAGUCAGCAGCACAGCCAGAACAGAGCUCUGAGCCAUGGAAAACAGAGACUGAUCCUGACACUGCCCCACAAGCCAGUAGGUUCAUGCCCCGCAGACCACCAGGAGCCCAGGUGGAUUUGCAUUCAGGGCACACACCAAAGGACCUCUUCCUGCUCUACUUCGCCGCAGAUACAAUGAGGACAAUCUGCAGAAACACCAACAAACAGGCAGCAAGAAAUCAGCAGAAGGGGAGCAAAUAUCAGUGGACUGACGUUGAUGUGGAGGAACUGCACAGAUUUCUGGGUCUCCUCAUCUACACCUCAUUGGUGACUCUGCCUAGUAUCCAGGACUACUGGAAACAAAGCCACAUAUUGUCUGUUUCAUUGCCAGCGAAGGUCAUGCCAAGAGACAGAUUCGGUCCAUCUCAUGGAACAUCCACCUAA